GCCGGUUACACAGUUUUAUUGGGCAGCAGGGCUUGAGCACUCAAAGGUGAAAAUGAUAACAACCAUUUAUGGCGGCUGAGUUAUCAGUGGAGGGAAAAUUAUAAAAGCGGCAUUAGCAGGGAGGGAGGUUGUCUUCUUCUCCGGGACUCUGCACACAGUGAGGUUCCAUAGCAACCGGCUGCACCGAGGAGACCAAAUGGGGCAUCAUUUGCCUGGGACCCUCUGCCUCCUCUUUGCCCUUUGUCUGUGCUCUGUAACAGGAAACCCUGCACUGAAAGCCAACGCUGGAGACGAAGGGCAGAACGAUGCGAAAUUUCUGUUCCCUUGUGACAUAAACACCAACAGAAAAUCCGAUCAGAGUGCGGCAUCAGUUCAUUCUCUCAGCCCCUUGGAUGUCAAAGUUUUCUCCACUUUGAGAAGCUUGAAACUGGCUCCUGAUGGUGCAAAUAACAGACUUCAGAGCUUGGAGCAGGGAUUGCAGAGGGCCAGCCGGGAUGUGGAAUCCUACAUGGGCCAAAAACUGCCUUCAGCCUCCCGUAUUUCUCCUUCACCACAAGAGAACCUGUUAGAUGAAGCUAAGAAGUUGGUGGAAAGCAUUAAAGAAGGACAGAUGUCCUUUGCCAAUGACUGGAAGAUGAUCGCCAUCUUUGUUACUGCUGAGGACCCUUGUGAGUUCUGUAAUAAGAUGGAUCACACAGAAGCCACCAUCAGAAAUUUGGAGAGGGUUCUUGAUUAUCUACACCAAGAACUUCCAAGAACAUUUGUGAAUUUGGUGGAUUUAACAGAGCUAAAUGGCUUGUACCUGUCUCAUCCCAGCCAAGCUGAGCUCAGGAAAUCAUGUGACUGUUUCAGGAAACCAUCAAAUUACGCCAAAACCACAUUCCGCUUUUCAUUCCAGGUUGCCCUUGAAAGACUGGUACUUUCUAGACAAUAUGACACCAGGGAAGACUUCACCGUGGUGCUGCAUCCCGUCAUCAAAAUGAUGGACUAUGGAAAUCACCAGAACCUUGAUACAUCUUGGGAGUCUUACGAAUUCCAGUGCUCUGUCCAGGCCGGUCCUUACCUCAGCACUCACAGGAACAGCCCUUACGAGUCGCUCAGUAACAUGCUACUGUAUGAAGAGAAAAAUGCCCAGACAAAGGUCUUUGGCUCUAAUUUCACCUGCACAGAUUUAUCUCCUUCCGACACCAUCCCGACCUCUGUUCACAGAUUGAGGCCGGCAGAUUUUAAGGUCAUCGCUGCUUUGGGAGACUCCAUUACUGCGGGAAAUGGAGCGGGUGCCGUGAUCACGAAUCCAUUGGACGUGGUUACUGAGUACCGUGGUCUCUCCUGGAGCAUUGGGGGAGAUUUGAGCCUCAGCAACGUGACCACACUGGCAAACAUUCUCCGGCAGUACAACCCUGAUUUAAUAGGCUUCUCCACCGGAAGAGGAUCCCACCACCUUCCCAAUUCCAAUCUGAACCGGGCCUUCCCUGGAGGCGAAUCAGAGGACAUGAUGGAUCAGUCUCAGUUACUUGUGGAAAAGAUGAAGUUGAAUUCGAAAAUAAAUAUGGCCGAGGACUGGAAACUUCUGACCAUAUUUAUCGGAGGAAAUGAUCUUUGCGCCAUCUGUGAUGACCCAGUUUAUAAUGCUCCAGAAAAAUAUAUUUAUCGUAUACAAGAAGCCCUGGACUACCUACAGGCUGAGGUCCCACGGUUGUUCGUGAAUCUGGUGAUUAUUCUGGAUAUAAUGCCGCUGAAAGAACUUUAUGAUGAUAAACGGACUCACUGCCCACAGACUAUUAUGAGGGGAUUGUGUGACUGCAUUGUAGUAAAUGACCACAACUCUCUGCCACUUGAGACCGUUAAACUCUAUAACAAGAAAUAUCAGGAAAUGACAUAUCAGUUAGUUGAAACCGGGAGGUAUGAUACCAAAGAGGACUUUGCCGUCGUUGUCCAACCUUUUUUCGAAUUCCUUGAAGUACCAAAAUCUCCGGAAGGAGUUCCCGACAGAUCUUACAUGUCUCCAGACUGCUUUCAUUUUGGGGAGAAAGGCCAUUCCCAGAGUGCCCGCGCGCUAUGGAAAAACAUGUUUGAACCAGUUGGUCAGAAGACACAAGAUCAGUCUCUAGCUGAAGAUAUCGGUAUCUACUGCCCAACGCAGAGUGACCCCUUUGUGAAGACAGCGCGGAACAGUAACUUUGCCUACCCGACCACUGCCCCCGAUCCAAUCCACGGGAGCAAGGUCACAUGUGCAGACAAAAGCCCCUCCGUUUCAAAACCCACAUCAGUUCACGCACUGAGACCCGCGGAUGUGGCGGUUGUGGCUGCCAUCGGAGACUCCCUGACAGCUGGAAAUGGCAUUGCCUCCAAACCAAAUGAUGUCUUGGAUGUGCUUAAUAUGUACAGAGGGUUAUCAUGGAGCAUUGGGGGUGAUUCUACCUUAGACCGUGUAACCACCCUACCAAAUAUACUGCUUGAGUUCAACCCACUGCUCACUGGGUUUUCAACCGGGACAGGGAACAAAACUCUUCAUAAUUCCUAUCUGAAUGAAGCUGUUCCUGGAGCCAAGGCCUUUAAUUUACCAGAACAAGUAAAGGACCUGAUUGCUCAAAUGAAAGAAGACAGGAGAUUCAAUUACAAUAAUGACUGGAAAGUGAUCACUAUAUUAAUUGGACCUAAUGACUUGUGUUCUUCGUGCUCAGAUGCUAACUUUUAUUCCACCAAAAACUUUAUCGAUUACAUUCAAGAGGCGCUGGACCUGUUGCACAAGGAGGUCCCUAGAGCGUUUGUUAACCUGGUGGAAGUGAUGGAUAUCUACCCCCUGAGAGAAGCUGUUUUGGACCCACGAGUGAAGUGCCCGGUGCUUAUUACUAAGAUGCUCUGCCCCUGCCUGCUAAACAUUGCCGACAACUCACAGGAACUGAAGAUCGUACGGGAAUUUAACAGCGGCUAUCAGCGCAACACCCAGCAGUUAAUUGACACGGGAAGGUACGACACAAAAGAUGACUUUACUGUGGUUCUGCAGCCAUUCUUCCGCAACCCCAAAAUUCCCAGUCUCCCGAAUGGGACCCCGGAUGCAUCGUUCAUGGCCCCCGACUGUUUUCACCUCAGUCAGAAGUCUCAUUCACAGAUGGCCAGGAUGCUUUGGAAAAAUAUGCUUGAACCAGUUGGAAUGAAAACGGAUCUAUUAGACUUUGCAGCUGCUGAGACGCUGACCUGCCCCACCCCGGAUCAGCCGUUCCUAAGGACAUACAAAAACAGCAAUUACAAUUAUACCCCUGCACAGCCCACCCAGCCCCCUAUAAAGAACUGGGGCAGUGACCUGACAUGCCAGGCAACCGGACCUUCCUCCCAAGUCCCAACAUCAGUGCACAAGUUACGCCCAGCUGACAUCAAGGUGGUAGCGGCCCUUGGGGACUCCCUGACCGCAGCGUUUGGCGCUAAGUCAACUUCAAUGGCUGAAUUGGGGACUGAGUAUCGGGGGGUUUCUUGGAGCAUUGGCGGCGAUGGGACCCUGGAGGAAUGUACCACCCUGCCCAAUAUUUUGAAGAAAUUCAAUCCAAACAUAAAGGGAUUUUCCACUGGAGUCGACAGAGAGAACGCAAUGUUUAAUGUCGCCGUUGGUGGAGCAAAAGCAGAAGAUAUGACUUCUCAAGCAACCAACCUAGUGAAUAAGAUGAAAGAAAGCACCGUGAUCAAUUUUAAUGAAGACUGGAAGGUUAUCACCAUUUUUAUUGGCGGCAACGACCUCUGCCAGUUUUGCCACAACAGGGACAGAUAUUCCGUGCACAAUCACGUCACCCAUGUUAAAAAUGCUUUGGACAUUCUAUACAAAGAGAUUCCUCGUGUUUUUGUGAAUCUGGUGGAAAUCCUGGAGGUGGAAGGGCUGCGCAGAGUAAAGGCAAACACUUUUGGCUGCACCCUGCUAAAGCCGAACCUUUGUCCGUGUUUCAUUAACCCACGGGAAGGCUCCCCGGAGCUGUAUGAAAUGAAAAGGUUUAACAAGGACCUACAGAGCCAAGUCACGGCAUUGGCUGACAAAUACCAGGACCGGGAAGACUUCACUGUCGUGGUGCAACCAUUUUUCAAAAACAGCGUUUUGCCUGUUGAUAAGAACGGCGAUGUCGAUAUAAGCUUCUUUUCCGUGGAUUGCUUCCAUUUCACUGAGAGAGGCCAGUCAGAGAUGGCCAAGGCCCUGUGGAACAGCAUGCUGGAACCCAUUGGACAAAAACAGGAAUACAAUAAUUUCACCAACGAUCGAUCAAAUCUGAAAUGCCCUACGCAGGACAAGCCUUAUCUCUUCACCCUGAAAAAUAGUGGGCUCCCUGAACCCCCUGAAACUGUUGUUCCCGUGCCAGAGGAAAAAGAAGGCCAGGUGCCCUACUGGUCAGUGAUAGUGGGCACCAUUGGCGGAUGUGCUGUAGGGUGUGCGAUUGUCGGCAUCGCAAUGUCCAUGACGUAUAAAAAGAAGAUGCGCAAGAUGUGAUCACUAACAAAAAACAGUUCUUCCUUCUGAGCCCCACCUGCAGCCGCCGUAGCGGAAAUUUACUGACUCUUCCAAAUUCCUAUUGAUCCCCCCAUCUAUCCUGGGCCUGGGGCCUCCCUCUGAGACAAAUGCUCCUUGGUUAAAGGCCCAGUAACACCAAAACAUCAACAUUAUUCAUUUGUAUUGACCCUCCAGUUAUUCGCAUCCUGUACUUAUAAAAAUAUUUCCUUUUAUUAGUUGACCCAAAUUAAAUGUUGGAGCCAAGAAUUGCUUUAGAAUGAUGCGCCUUCUGUUAAUUUCCCAUUUGCCCAUUUGGGGAGGAUAUUUUAGAUCAGGGGUCCCCAACCUUUCCUACUCGGGAGCCACAGUCAAAUGUAAAAAGACUUGGGGAGCAACACAAGCACCAUAAAAGUUCAUGGAGGUGCCAAAUAAGGGCUGUGAUUGGCUAUUAGGUGCCUCUAUGCACCCUAUCAGCUUACAGGGGCUUUAUUUGGUAGGAAAUCUUGUUUUUAUUCAACCAAAACUUGCCCCCAAGUCAGGAGUUCAAAAAUAACUACCUGGUUUGGGGGCACUGAGAGCAACAUCCAAGGGGUUGGGGAGCAAUAUGUCCCCCCUGAGCCACUGGUUGGGGAUCCCUGUUUUAGAGACUCACUGGGAACAGUAUGGGGACCCGACGCCAAAGGUUUAUGAAUCACUGGUGUAAAUACUGCGAAAUGCGUAUUUUUUUUAAAAAGUCUUUAUCGUACGCGAGUGUAAAUCUGUGUAAAUUACUGGCACAAUAAAGGCUGAAUACACAACAA